ACAUGCAAAUGGAUGAACCUAACCGAGAAUCCAAUCUUGUUCACGCGUCACUUCAUUUCUUUGUUACUUCUUCUGUUGCCUAUAAAUGGAACACUCACUAUUUUCCUCAACACUCGUACACAACAACUCCAACUAACCACUGUUCUUCUUCUUCUUCUUCUUCUUCUACCUUUCUAGAUAUUAAAGAUGGCAGAGACAUUUCUAUUUACCUCUGAGUCGGUGAACGAGGGUCACCCUGACAAACUUUGUGAUCAAAUCUCCGAUGCUGUUCUAGAUGCAUGCCUUGAACAGGACCAAGACAGCAAGGUUGCAUGUGAAACUUGCACCAAAACUAACUUGGUUAUGGUAUUUGGAGAGAUCACAACCAAGGCUAAUGUUGACUAUGAGAAAAUUGUUCGUGACACCUGCAGAAAAAUUGGGUUUGUUUCGGAUGAUGUUGGUCUUGAUGCUGACAAUUGCAAAGUUCUUGUCAAUAUUGAACAGCAGAGUCCUGAUAUUGCUCAGGGUGUACAUGGCCAUCUCACCAAAAGACCUGAGGAAAUUGGUGCUGGUGACCAGGGUCACAUGUUUGGCUAUGCCACUGACGAGACUCCUGAAUUGAUGCCCUUGAGCCACGUUCUUGCAACAAAGCUUGGUGCUCGUCUCACCGACGUUCGCAAGAAUGGCACAUGCCCUUGGUUGAGACCUGACGGCAAGACUCAAGUCACUGUUGAGUAUUACAAUGACAAAGGUGCCAUGGUUCCUGUUCGUGUCCACACAGUACUUAUCUCUACACAACACGACGAGACUGUCACCAAUGAUGAAAUUGCUGCUGAUCUCAAAGAGCAUGUUAUCAAGCCUGUCAUUCCUGAGAAGUAUCUCGAUUCAAAGACCAUUUUUCACUUGAACCCUUCUGGCCGUUUUGUCAUCGGAGGUCCUCAUGGUGAUGCCGGUCUCACCGGCCGGAAGAUCAUCAUCGACACUUAUGGUGGAUGGGGUGCACAUGGUGGUGGUGCUUUCUCAGGAAAGGACCCAACAAAGGUUGAUAGGAGUGGAGCUUACAUUGUGAGGCAAGCUGCUAAGAGCAUUGUUGCAAAUGGACUUGCAAGGAGGUGCAUUGUGCAAGUGUCCUAUGCUAUUGGUGUGCCUGAGCCUUUAUCUGUGUUUGUUGACACAUAUGGUACAGGGAAGAUCCCUGAUAAAGAGAUCCUCACUAUCGUGAAGAACAGCUUUGAUUUCAGGCCCGGCAUGAUCUCUAUCAACCUUGAUCUGAAGAGGGGUGGGAAUAGCAGGUUCUUAAAGACUGCUGCUUAUGGACAUUUUGGUAGGGAUGAUCCUGAUUUCACAUGGGAAGUGGUGAAGCCUCUUAAAUGGGAAAAGGCUUAAGUCACCUCUCUGUGCUCGGAGUUUUGAACCUUUAUUAUUGCCACUAUAAUAUCUGCUAACCUCUCCGUGUAUCUCUCCUUCUUCUCUGUUUUUUGAUAUAUUUUUUUCAUCAGUAAUAAAAAUAGUGCUCUCGGUUUGUAUGUUCAAUAUAUGCCCCAAUAUUAUAUCAUUUUAAAAAAGAAGAGUAUUCUAUCCAAUUAUGAUACUUCUA